ACUUUCUGCUCCUCCCUCCUUCGCAGAAAAACUUUCCCGUCGCUCUGGGUCGGUUCCCGGCUCUCAGCGCUCCACGGAUUCCAGAGCCAGCCAGCAGAGCCUCCCUCCUUCUUUCCUUCUUCCUUCCUUCCCUCCUUUUCUUCCUUCCUUCCUUUCCUCUGGGAGUCCAGUCUUUUCCUGUCACUGAGGGCUCCCCUCCAUAGGAGGCUCCCCCACCGGCGCCCCCUUCCCAGGACAGAGCAAAGAGAAGCAGAGAGUAAGCUACUAUGGAUCUGUAACCUGCUUCAGGAGCAAGUUAACGAGUUGCCAUUUAGGGCUCAGGGUCAGAGCCCAGGGCAGCCAUCACAAUAGCGUCCAACAGCUGGAACGCUAGCGGCAGCCCCGGGGAGGGGCGAGAAGAUGGACAAGACGGGAUGGACAAGAGUCUGGACAAUGAUGCCGAAGGUGUGUGGAGUCCAGACAUUGAACAGAGCUUCCAGGAGGCGCUGGCGAUAUAUCCACCCUGUGGCCGGCGCAAGAUUAUCCUCUCGGACGAGGGCAAAAUGUAUGGUCGCAAUGAACUGAUAGCAAGGUACAUCAAGUUGCGGACAGGAAAAACAAGGACAAGAAAACAGGUGUCCAGCCAUAUACAGGUUCUAGCUCGGAAGAAGGUGCGAGAGUACCAGGUUGGCAUUAAGGUCUCUAGCCACUUGCAGGUUCUAGCCAGACGGAAAUCUCGCGAGAUUCAGUCCAAGCUGAAGGCUAUGAACUUGGAUCAGGUCUCGAAGGACAAGGCUCUGCAGAGUAUGGCUUCCAUGUCAUCAGCACAGAUAGUGUCUGCCAGUGUCCUGCAGAACAAGCUCAGCCCCCCUCCUCCACUCUCUCAGGCUGUCUUUCCUGCUACUCCCAGGUUUUGGAGUGGGCCUAUCCCAGGACAGUCUGGACCUUCUCAGGACAUUAAACCUUUUGCACAACCAGCAUACCCCAUCCAGCCACCCAUGCCUCCAUCACUAGCCAACUAUGAGCCUUUGGCUCCUCUCCCACCUGCUGCCUCGGCUGUGCCAGUCUGGCAGGACCGCACCAUUGCCUCUACAAAGCUGCGGCUCCUUGAGUAUUCAGCAUUCAUGGAAGUGCAGCGUGACCCUGAAACGUAUAGCAAGCACCUCUUUGUGCAUAUCGGACAGACAAAUCCCUCGUACAGCGACCCUUUACUAGAAGCGGUGGACAUCCGCCAGAUUUAUGACAAAUUCCCUGAGAAGAAAGGUGGCCUAAAGGAGCUUUAUGAGAGGGGACCGCAGAACUCAUUUUUCCUUGUCAAAUUCUGGGCGGAUCUGAACAGCACCAUUCAGGAUGGCCCUGGUGCUUUUUAUGGUGUAAGCAGUCAAUAUAGCAGUGCAGAAAACAUGACCAUCACAGUCUCUACUAAGGUGUGCUCCUUUGGGAAGCAAGUAGUUGAAAAGGUGGAGACUGAAUUUGCACGGAUGGAGAAUGGAAGGUGUGUGUACCGAAUCCAUCGAUCCCCUAUGUGCGAGUAUAUGAUCAACUUCAUCCAUAAACUGAAACACCUCCCAGAAAAGUACAUGAUGAACAGUGUCCUGGAGAAUUUCACUAUCCUACAGGUUGUUACAAACAGGGAUACCCAGGAAACUUUACUCUGCAUAGCCUUUGUUUUUGAGGUGUCCACCAGUGAGCAUGGGGCCCAACAUCAUGUAUACAAAUUGGUCAAAGACUAGAGGCUCCUCUGGGGUGAUCAAGAAAUCUAAGGAAGAAAGAGAGAGAAGUCUUGUCAGAAAAGCCACCAGUAUAUGAUGUCUUGAGAAAGUCUUUUUAAAAUGAACAACAACAAAAAAGCAAUGCCAAAAAAAACCACCGCCUGUUUCACAAUCAGAGAUGUUUUCUACUUAGGAACACUUUUUAAAAACAAUCAGAAAAAAAGCAUUACAGAAAAGCAUAACAUGGAUGGAGAAUUAUCUCAGAGACAGAGGAAAGACUGUUCCUUGGGACUGGGUCAUCAAUAUUUCAGGAGACAUCAGUGCCAAAGCCUGGUAGCUCUUGAUGCCUUUCACAGCAUACAGUGCUGUAAAAGGAUCUGGUGAAAUGAAACUGCCAGCCUCUUCUUAAUCUCUGGAUGUGUCAGUGUUUCCAUGUCAAGAUAUGGAUUUUGUUCUUGAAACCAGCCUUUCAUCUGCGGAAAAGAGUUACUAGGGCUGCUGAAGAUGUCUUCUGAGAACAGGAUGGGAAAUUAGAUGCUGCCUUGUAACAGAUCCUAUUCUGUUUUAAACAUUGAAAAAGAUUUUUUAAAAAAAAUUCCUACAGUCACUUAGUACAAUCAAUGUGAAGAACCAACACAGGGAACUAGCAGAUUGUGUCUUCUUGUGGUGCCUACCCAUUGGUUAAAUACAAGUGAUUUGGAUCUCACAAUAACCUGGGCAUUUUCAAUUGCAGAAUCUACUGCAUUCCCCCAAGCUAUGAUGCUGGUGGAAGGGCACCAGAUGUUGAUUAUGGCAGGAGUGUGGCAAUGUUGCCUUCAUGUCUUAGAUGUUUGGAUAAUAGAUGAGAGUAUGCUACAGGAGUGUACACGUCUAUAUGUAUACCACAACAAGAAAAGGAUGGAAUUAAAGGUUGCUGUUUGAAACAUUAAAAGGUCUGAGUAUGUAUUAGGAGGAAGGGAAUGGGCAGUGAGCUGGAGGAAAGCAGUUCCCAGAGUCUUGAAUGAUGCAACCUGCUGAUUAGCAGGCUGACAUUAGGUGGCCUAUAAGAUGUCUGCCUAGAGAAAUAUUUUCACUGGCUUAUGUCAUAUAGCUUGGGUUCUCCCCCCCCCCCCCCCCCCAUCAUACCCCUAGGGAAUUUUAAACAGCUCUUAAAGAAGCAUUUUUAAUACAUCUAUCAUGUCAAAAAAACAUAUGGGAAAAGCUUAGACCAAAGUUCUUGUUGCCUGGGCAUUGUUUUGAUGGGGUAUUAAUUUUCAUUUUGCUUUUCUCUUCUUUUGUGAUGGUCAGGAUGUAAACAUUAGGACACAUGUUUUGCUCUGUAUUAUGUGUGCAGCAUGUCCUUGUGGAGACUGCUAGAACCAAAGUGCAAAUUGAGUAGUCUGGCAGUCCAAACCCAGGGAGGUGCUGAAAGAUUGAAUUCAGUGCAACUUGGUAUGAAGGAUCCUUUGUCAUUUGGAAGCUGUACCGUUUACUGUCGGAAAUGCUGGGAAAGUUUCUGUGUAUGGGUUAAGGUAAUGACAAACCCCUAUACAUCAAAUAUCAAGUCUAACAAUGUGGGCUUUAUAAUUUAAAUUGGUGCUUUUAGGAAUGCUGUUACAUGAAUAGUGUCAAAAUCUCCAUACCCUCACUCCGUGGCUCUUCCAGGGCACAGCCCAUAGCUUUCAACUAUAAUUUGUCUAAACACUAACUUGUCACUAUAUGAAUAAUAGAGGAACUAACCAAAUGUAAACUUUGUGCCUUUUUGUACCACUGAGCUUUUCUCAUCUUGUCUUUCAGCUUUUUCCUUUGUUACACUGUGUUUUAACUGGUUGGUUUUCAUUAGAAAUUUCUCCUUGUACUAUUUUUCUCCCAGUCCAGGGAUGAACAACCCUUUGUUUCCCUUGUUCAGGGCUUUGUUCCCUUAUAGAUAAAAUGGCAUUUACCAAGUUAAUUUUAAAUUUGGCAUUAAGAUGUGUGACAACCCCCUCAUCCAGGAGAAACACAAAUCGAGCUGGGGACUUAGGAUGUGUUGAAAAGAGAAACUGUUAACAACAGAUGGAUUGUGACUGUCCAGGAAGUUUGGAUUCUACCGUUUUAAUGCAACAUUCAUAUUAAAUCCUACAGAUCCUCCUUUCACAUGUUUUGCUUUGCUUUGGUGUUUUUUGUUUGUUUUUGUUUUUGUCUUAGCUUUUCAGAAUUGUCUGUCUUAUUAUGGUAGGAGGUGAAGUCAUAAAAUAUCCUUUUCACAACUGACUUGGGCAUCACCUUCAGUUUGGGCCUGUAUCACUACUGCAUUGUUGACACCAGGAGCCCUGGUGGCGCAGUGGUUAAAUGCCCAUACUGCAGCCACUUGCUCACAAGUCACAAGGUUGUGAAUUCAAUACCAGCAAAAGGGCUCAAGCUCGACUCAGGCUUGUAUCUUUCCGAGGUUGCUAAAAUGAAUACCCAGAUUGUUGGGGGCAAUUAGCUUACACUUUGUAAACUGCUUAAUGAGUGCUUAAGUGCACUGAUAAGCGGUAUAGAAAUGUGCUUGCUAUUAACUCCCAUGUUGUGACUAAAAGGACAAUUACUGUUUCCCUGAAGGGCCAGGUACAAAGGCAGUGGAUAACCCAUACUCUGAUCAGCAUACUAAGAAUGAUCGUAGGAGCCUUUGGACUGUUGUUUCAGUGCAACAAGCAGCUAUGAUGUGACACUACAAUGACAACUGACAAAAUAGUUUUUCAACAUUUUGAAUGACAUUUUAAAUUAAUGUUAAGAAUUUUACCUGUGAAGUGUUUCUAACUGAUGCCACCCAAGGACUUUUGGAAAACUUUGUUACAAUGGUGAAAUAAACACUCCUCUUUUAUCAUGUUAAGACUCUGAGGUGCUACGUAGAGAUUGGAUUGGUAGAGCACAUAAGUCACAAAUUGCUGAAAAGCAGUACAAUUAGCGCGCUCUUGAGGAUGAGCAAUAACUGCUGUAGUUAUAAAACAACAAGUGUAAGUUACAUUCAGAGAGGCAUCUUCUUUGCUUCCUGCCAUCAACAUUUUGAUUUUAGUGCUCCAUCGUUCUGGACAAAUUUAACAUGACUAUGUGUGAUGUUUUGGGCAAAUUGGUCUCUUUCUUGUGCCACCACCUUUUCUCCUAAGUAUUAUUCUUAGGAUGAACAGGCUGUCCAGUAAAAGCCAGCUUUGAAGUUCAGGUACGUUUCAAACCCCUGAGCAUUUGGGGGAAAGGUACAGCAUCUUUGGAAUCAAACAGUAGAACAAGAGGAGAUAUAGCAACAAGGGGGCGAGAUGUUGAAUACCGUAUGAUUACUGCCAGAAUCUCUGCAUCUGGAAGGGUAGGAUUUCUGGCUAAUUUAUAUGUAGCAUGUUUAUUUUCAUUCCUAGAUUAAAAAAAAUCUGGGAAAUAAGGUUGAAACUUUCCUUGUUGUCCUCAGCUCAUGUACACUAAAACACUCAUUUUCUACUAAAAUGUCUUUUAAACAGAGGUGCAUAAGACUUCACUGUACAUGUGUGGAGAGUGGAACAGGGCCUUAGUCUUGCCUAACUCCAAAUUUCUUUGUACAAAGCUGUUUUUGUUUGUUUGUUUGUUUGUUUGUAUUUUAUCCACAAUCUUCAACCUGACUAGAGAUUUCAGUGCGAACUUCCUCUUAAACUGGACUAUGUUACAUUUCUCAUCCUUUCCUUUUUGGUCCAUCUAUACCAUACUUCUCUAUUUGUCUGUGCAACAUGAAGUUAGAGCCCAUCCCCAGCCUUCCUGUUGCAAUAUCCUUUGCAUCUUUUCAUCUUACGUUUGUGGGGGACACAAACCACUUCCCAUUCGGUGUCCCUAGGAGUAUGGCAGCAAGGCUAAGGAAAAUACUGGCACCAUGAUUCCUCUUAGGCGAACAUAAUACAGGUACACAAAACUCAAUAACCGAUCCCCCCAUAUCCCAUGUAUUUAUGAAUUUCACAUGAAGUACUGUUUUAUUUUUUUUAAAGACUUUGUAAAGCUUACCAGGGUUAUGGUCACCUUUUUUAGAGCUCUGUCAGUCCACCGUGUAAAACCAUUUUUAUGUAUUAUAUUUUGUGUAUUUUUUUAAUCCAGCUGUGAUGGGUUGUAUCAUAUAUUGUUGUGUUUACUGUAUGUCCAUCUUCAUGUAGAUGAGACAGUGAAGCUUCUAGAAAGCUAUGGUCUGCUGAAUACUAUUAAACUUAUUUGUUCAUGGGUUGGCUCAAAAA